AUGGGUGGUGAUGCAGGACUCGUGUCUCCAGACGACAGUCAGACUUUCUACGGCAGCUCAUCAGCACUCGGGUUUACCCGUCAGCUAUACGGAUCUAUCCUCCAGAAAGAUAAAAUUGCGCCGGAAUUGAAAGCCUCAGAGGUCACGUCUUCUGCCCAACACUUGCCCAGCUCGUCGACGGUAGCCAACGUGCCACCAGAAAAUUUCUCACUCCUUCCCAGGGAAUUGUCAGACCGCCUUCUUUCCUUGUACUGGGAUCGUGUUCAUACUCUCUACCCAUUUCUGCACCAAGAUUCGUUCAAUCAGGCAUACGAAGAUCUCUGGAAGCCUUCAGUAGACCAUCAGCCCCGAACUAGGCCAGGAUUGGGACUUGGCGCUUCAAAAGACUCGGGACCAUCUUCGAUCGUCUUCCAUUGUGCUUUCAAUGCUGCUCUAGCUCUUGGAAUGCAAUUCUCUGACCUGCCGUUGAGCGAGAGGGAGCGUCUGUCAUCUGCGUGUCUGGCUAAGUCUAAAGAUCUUCUAAGAUUCGAUCUUUUCGAUGACGGCAGCAUAGCACUGGUCCAGACACUUCUAUUAUUGACACAGUAUUUCCAGUCUACGAACUGGCCAAGCAAGUGUUGGACCUCGAUUGGUCUAGCCUGCCGACUCGCGCAGGGACUUGGCUUGCAUAUCGAAGAAAGCCAAUCAAAUCAGAAGUUCGAGAUUGGUGAACUUGAGAUGAGGAGGCGCGUGUGGCACGGUUGUGUUACAAUGGACAUCAUUGUGAGCAUGACCCUUGGCAGGCCUGCGAUGCUUGUAGGAUCUUCAGCUUGUAGUCUCCCACAGCCAGUCGAUACCUGCAACGAAGUACUGGUAGUGGAAGGAGACGAUACGCUGUUCUCUAUCGAUUUUUUCACAGAAACCGUGAAGUUGUACCGAAUCGUGGGCCGGAUACUGCUGAGUAUCUACAAGAUUGAUGACGACUCCCAAGAAAGACCAGAACAUACAGAGGAUGCCAAGAAAGAUGAGAUCGUACGAGACUUCGAACACGAACUGGCUCUUUUCGCUCAAAAGAUUCCGACAAACCUUAUGUGGAGAUCGCCUCCGGAGCCGCAUCGACCUGACCCGUCGAACGACACGGCGGCAAUAAGUGGAUUUGAUAUUGGUGUUCAUGAUGUCUUCGUCGGUCUCCGAAAUAGCUUAACUGAGGACAAGAAGAUACCCUACCUGGGUGCCGAUGCGGGUGGUGAGCUUUUAUGGUCGCAGACGAACUGGAUCGCCUUUCCUUCUUUCGCGGGAUACCCUAGCUACGAAAUUGGUGAGCUUAAGUUGGACAACAAUGACAUGGAUGACAGUGGUAACACCAAGGUCGGGGCUGAAUUGACAACCGAUUUCUCCGAGGACGCUUGUUACGCAGUCUGGAUCAAAUCAUUCAUGGCCGCGGAGUACAAAGGCAUGAUCGAUAUCAGUCUGAGUAUCACAGACUUCGACGCCGCCGCAAAGAAGAUGAGCAUUUCACUGGUCGAAGGCCCACUCUCCAAUGUCACCAGAAUCACUAUCGUGUACUCCAAGGAAGCAGACGGUCCCAAGCGAAUCACGUCCUGGGAGAAGGCAUAUGACUCUAACAACUUCGUUUACCGAGGCCCACAAUUACCAUCAGGACCAGAAACACACUUUGCCUUGGGUAGUGGCUCCACCUGCUCCAUGCUGCAGAUGCCCGAUCCACAGAUCAAGUCGCGGUUUUGGGCCAGGCCAGAGACAUAUAUGGACUGGACAAUGGCCCCUUCAGUCAUGAUAGGCUUUCAUCGAAUGAAGUUUGGCCUGGAUACACCGCUCCACCUGACUACUGGAAUUGCACUUCGAGACAAGAAGGGUUUUGCGGUUGAUGUGACUACGUGGGAAUAUUCGACACUAUUCGAGCUUGGGAUGACUGUGGUGGCUGCAGAGUAGAAUUUGAGCUUGUCACAUGAACACACGAAUUUUCUUAUCUACUAUGUCGACGAAGAAAAGUUUG